GAACGAGGCGGAUAUCCGUCUGUCAGUAACUGUCAUGGCGGCUCCCUGUGGCAGGUAUACUUCACGGUGAACCGGGAGAAUCUCGACCGACAGGUGAAGCCGUUCCUUCAGGAUGAGUUGAGAGAAGACCCGCGGCUCUGUCAGGUAUGAAUGUGAUGUCAUCAGUGAUGCGCGGCGCCCGCCGGCUCGUCCACGUUGACCCGUCUCCGCUCGCCAGCCUCCUGUCUCUGCCCCGCCGGAGCCCCGCCCCCUUUCUCACCUGUCACCAGACCAGGAAGUUAGCAUCCAAACAGGUCAAAGGUCAGAGGAAAGAUCAGAAGAACCAGAAGGUGAAAGUGAAAGUGGACAAACAGGAAGUGGAGAUCAGACAGAAGAUGACAGUGGCGGCGCUCGCCGCGGCCAUGAACAAAGACUUUGACCACGUCCUGGAGGCGCUGCUCAACACGCCCGUGGACCUGGACGCCCUGACGCCGGACUCGGUGCUGGACGAGCGCUGGAUCAAAGAGGCCGUGACUCGCUCCGGGAUGAAGUUCAGAUGGGCCAAACUCAGCGAGAGCCGAGAGAGAGCCAACCGGGACGUCCUGCCCAGACCCCCUGCGGACCCGUCCCAGCUGACGCCCCGCCCCCCCGUGGUCACCAUCAUGGGCCACGUGGACCACGGGAAGACCACGCUGCUGGACAGCCUGAGGAAGAGUCAGAUCGUCUCCACGGAGGCCGGAGGCAUCACGCAGCACAUCGGAGCCUUCCUCGUGCAGCUGCCUUCAGGCGAGAGGAUCACCUUCCUGGACACCCCGGGCCACGCCGCCUUCUCCUCCAUGAGAGCCCGCGGAGCCAACGCCACGGACAUCGUGGUGCUGGUGGUGGCGGCCGACGACGGCGUCAUGAACCAGACGGUGGAGUCUAUACAGCACGCCAAGAGAGCUAAUGUGCCGAUGAUCGUGGCGGUGAAUAAGUGCGAUAAGCCUCAGGCCGACCCUCAGAGAGUCAAACAGGAACUGCUGGCGCACGACGUCGUCUGUGAGGAGUUUGGAGGCGACGUCCAGGCCAUCCACGUCUCUGCUCUCAAGGGCGACAACCUGCUGGCGCUGGCCGAGGCCACGGUGGCGCUGGCCGAGGUCCUGGAGCUGAAGGCUGAGCCGAGCGGCGCAGUGGAGGGGCUCAUCAUCGAGAGCCGCACCGACAGAGGGAAAGGUCCGGUAACAACGGCGAUUGUCCAGCGGGGGACCCUGAAGCGAGGCUGUGUGCUGGUGGCGGGGAGGAGCUGGGCUAAAGUGCGUUUCCUGUUUGAUGAGAACGGGCGCACGGUGGCCGAGGCCGGGCCAAGCGCCGCGGUGGAGGUGGUCGGCUGGAAGGAGCUGCCGUCGGCUGGGGACGUCUUCCUGGAGGUGGAGUCGGAGCAGCGAGCGCGGGAGGCAGUGGAGUGGAGGAGCUACGCCGAGGAGCAGCAGAAGCUAACGGAGGAGCAGGACGCCAUCGAGCUGAAGCAGCAGCUGCACCUGGACCAGUACAGGAAGCAGAGGGAGGGGCUCACGCACCUGAGCUGGAGGCAGAGGAAGGCAGCGCUCUACCGGGAAAACAGGAAACAGUUCGCUGUCAGGCCCAGCGAGAAGACGCAGAGAGAGGGGCGGAGCCUGCCCCUCAUCAUCAAAGGAGACGUGGACGGCUCGGUGGAGGCCAUCCUCAACCUGCUGGACUCGUACGACGCCCAGCAGCAGUGUGAGCUGGAGCUGCUGCACUUCGGCAUCGGAGACAUCUCCGAGAACGACGUCAUCAUGGCCCAAACCUUCUCAGGUUCCAUCUACGGCUUCAACGUGGCGGCCAGCCGGCCGAUCCAGCAGCUGGCGGCGCGCCACGGCGUCCCGCUGCGACUGCACAGCAUCAUCUAUAAGCUGGUGGACGAGCUGAAGGCCGAGCUGAGCAGCAAGCUGCCGCCGCUGCUCCACGAGAACAUCGUCGGGGAAGCGACCGUGCUCGCCAUGUUUGACGUCUCCGUGGGGAAGAAGAAGGUUCCCGUGGCCGGCUGUCGGGUCCAGAAAGGUCAGCUGGACCGCCGUCUCCAGUUCAGACUGAUCCGAGGCCGGGACACGGUCUGGGAGGGUUCCCUGGCGGCCCUGAAGCACCACCGAGACGACGUGCAGACCGUGAAGGCGGGGAUGGACUGCGGCCUGUCAGCUGACGGCGGCGUGGACUUCAGACCCGGUGAUGUCAUCGUCUGUUACGAGGAGCGCGACGCUGCGCAGGUCACUUCCUGGGACCCCGGCUUUUAAAAACUACACUUCCCAGCAUGCUCUGCUGCAAACAGGAAGCUAUACAGGACUGAUGUAUGUAAAAUGUAAAUGUGAUCACUAUUAAAUUAAUCUCCAACUAUUUUGAUAAAGGA